AAACCACUUCAAAAAGUCUUAUCUGGUCUGUUAACAGGGGAGUACAAUAAAAUUACCUUUGCCCGGCGGUGGCUCGUGCUUGCACAGGAGCGGGUAACAUCAGUCCCCUGAGUUUUUUAUGCCUUGCACAGCUCCCUCUCGCGCGCGCUCUGAUCAGCAACAGCAGAGUAAAGUGAGCCCUCGCUCUAGAGCACUUCGGCAUCCGCAGCAGCAGCAGCAUCGCUCGCGCUUGGAAGGUACGGCCUCGAUCAGAUCUCCGGGCAAGGUCUGCUUUUACUUUGCCUGACAGCUUUUUUUUGCGAUUUUAUUUGCCAUAAGUAGCCGUUCGUUGCUCGCUUUCCACUACGUCAAAAGGAAACAGGGCGCUGGCAGGAAUGCACAAUUUUCAUUCUGCUAUUCGCUUGCUGGGGAUAUACUCGGAUGGUGGAUUUGCGCCUAUAACGACCGCCAACGCAAGUGGCUGACUUCUGCCGUAAUCGAAAUUGUUUUGAUUUUUAUUAAGUUGCUGAUUCCGCGCUGACUUCGGAAUGUAAUGUACUGCUGUUGCUGUACCGGUACUCUCUGGGAGGUGAGAGGAUGGAAUGAGUUUGAGAGACAUUAGCGCGCAGUGCUGUGGAUCACGAAAACCGGGGAAAAGAAUCUCCAUUACCUGAUCACAUCACCGACAGAACACCCCCUCUUCGUCAAAUCAGCUGUGUUAUGUUCUUAAUUCUGGAAGGAGCCUCGGUAAAACCAUAGGGACGCGCCAUUGAGCGAAAAUACCGUGCACUCCGAUACCCUCAUCGAGACACAAGACACUACGAUUGAUCUCUCUUGCAACUGCCGCUUUAUCUUUGCUAUCAAUUUAUACAAUUUCCCCGGGCCGAUUGUCCAUCUGAACGCAGCGCUUUGCCAUGCCAGGCCAGUGAACGGGUGGAAUCGGAUUCGUUAUCCUGUACAGAUAGCAUGGCUCCAUCCCUGUGGAAAUGCAGAUCGGAGAUGAUCGUGGUGUCGGGAUGUCUGCUCCUGUUUGUUUGGGGAUUUCGACCUGUGUUGUCAAGGGGGUGCAAUUACAACGCGGGGCACAACCUGGACAACGCCUGGUACUCGAAAGACGGCGAAGAUUUGCCCAUAAUGGUCCUGAUGCCCAUGAAUGAAUCAGCGCUUAUGAGCAGCAUCAGUCAAGGGAUCGACCCCGCUGUCAACCUUGCCAUUCAACACAUACGAGAAUCCAGGCUCUACUCCUUCUCGUUGAUCCCCAAAAUCUACGACACUGAGUGUGACAAUGCGAAGGGGCUGAGGGCCUUCUUCGACGCCAUAUGCUUCGGUCCAAAGCACCUAAUGAUCUUUGGGGGAGUGUGCCCAUCCGUGACCUCCAUCAUCGCCGAGUCUCUGGAGGGGUGGAACCUCGUGCAGCUGUCCUUUGCUGCAACAACCCCUGUUCUGGCGGACAAAAAAAAGUAUCCCAACUUCUUCCGAACUGUCCCAUCAGACAACGCUGUCAACCCAGCCGUGGUGAAGUUCCUGAACCACUACAACUGGAGCCGUGUGGGAACCCUGACCCAGGACGUCCAGAGGUUCUCAGAGGUGAGGAACGACCUGACUAAUGAGCUGGAGAAGGCAGACAUUCAAAUCGCUGACACAGAGAGCUUCUCCAACGACCCCUGCGUCAACGUGAAGAAGCUAAAGGAUAACGACGUGAGGAUAAUUAUUGGGCAGUUUGAUGAGAACCUGGCUUCCAAAGUCUUCUGCUGUGCCUACAACCUGAACAUGUUUGGCAGUAAGUACCAGUGGAUCAUCCCAGGCUGGUACCAGGGAAACUGGUGGGAGCAGGCUAACUCCACAAACUGCACCACCAAGAAGCUGCUGACAGCCAUGGAGGGGUAUAUCAGCGUGGACUUUGAGCCACUCAGUGCCAAACAGACCAAGGGCAUCUCCGGAAGGACUCCACAGGAGUAUGAGAGAGAGUACAACAGACAGAGGCUGCAGAAAGGGGUGGAAUCCAGCAAGUUCCACGGCUUUGCCUAUGACGGCAUUUGGGUCAUCGCCAAGACAUUGACUGGUGUCAUGGAAAAGCUGAGGGAGAAGGAGAGAGAAAACAUCUACCGGAACUUUACAGUUGAUGACAAGGUGGUGGGGAAGAUGGUUUUGGACGCCAUGAAUGAGACCAACUUUUUUGGAGUCACGGGCCAAGUUAUGUUCAGGAAUGGUGAACGGAUGGGGACAAUCAAAUUCACGCAGUUUCAAGAGGGCCAGGAGGUGAAGGUGGGAGAGUACAAUGCCAUAGAGGAUGCGCUGGACCUCAUCAACAACACCAUCCGCUUUCAAGGACUGGAGCCCCCUAAAGACCGAACAUUUGUGCGCCUCCAGCGACGUCACAUCAACGUCCCCCUCUACAGCAUCCUGUCCACCAUUACCAUCUUGGGCAUGCUCAUGGCUGGCGCCUUCCUCUUCUUCAACAUCAAGAACCGCAACCACAGGUUAAUAAAGAUGUCCAGCCCAUACAUGAACAACCUGAUUAUCCUUGGAGGAAUGCUGUCCUACGCCUCCAUCUUCCUCUUUGGCCUCGAUGGAUCCUUCGUGUCUGACAAAGAGUUUGAAACCCUGUGCACCGUUCGUACAUGGAUUCUCAUUGUGGGGUACACGACUGCUUUCGGGGCGAUGUUCGCAAAGACCUGGAGAGUCCAUGCCAUCUUCAAGAAUGUAAAGAUGAAGAAGAAGAUCAUCAAAGACCAGAAGCUGCUGAUAAUUGUCGGCGGCAUGCUGCUCAUAGACCUCUGCAUCCUCAUUUGCUGGCAGAUAGUGGAUCCCCUGAAGAGGACGGUGGAGGAGUACAGCUUGGAGGCGGAUCCGCAAGGACGAGACAUCGCCAUCCGGCCCUUCCUGGAGCACUGUGAAAACACACACAUGACCAUUUGGCUGGGGAUCGUGUACGCCUACAAAGGGCUUCUCAUGCUGUUUGGGUGCUUCCUGGCGUGGGAGACCCGCAACGUGAGCAUCCCGGCCCUGAACGACAGCAAGUACAUUGGCAUGAGCGUCUACAAUGUAGGCAUCAUGUGCAUCAUCGGCGCAGCCGUCUCCUUCCUCACCCGCGACCAGCCCAACGUGCAGUUCUGCAUCGUGGCCCUGGUCAUCAUCUUCUGCAGCACCAUCACCCUGUGCUUGGUGUUCGUGCCAAAAUUUAUAACGAUGAGGACGAACCCUGACGCUGCCACUCAGAACCGGAGGUUAAAGUUCACUCAGAACCAGAAGAAGGAGGACUCCAAAACAUCCACCUCCGUGACGAGUGUGAACCAGGCCAACACGUCCCGGCUGGAUGGCCUGCAGACGGAUAACCACCGCCUCAGAAUGCGAAUCACCGAGCUGGAUAAGGAGCUGGAGGAGGUCACCAUGCAGCUGCAGGACACCCCAGAGAAGACCCCCUACAUCAAGCAGAACCACUACCAGGACCUCAACAACAUCCUCAGCAUACGCAACUUCACAGACGGCAAAGAGGGAGACAAAUCCAUGUUGAAAAACCACCUGGAGCAGAAACCCCAGGCACAGUGGGGCUCAGCAGAUCCUUCCAGGAUAAACCGAGGUCCACUAGAGGACAUCAACUCGCCAGAACACAUACAGCGCAGACUGUCCUUGCAGCUGCCCAUUUUGCACCACGCCUACCUGCCCUCCAUAGGGGGUGUAGACGCCAGCUGCGCCAGCCCCACGGGCAGCCCCGGCUCCAGCCCGCGGCACAGACACAUGCCCCCCUCUUACCGGGUCAUGGUCUCGGGACUGUGAGGUCCGACCCGGCUGCCCGGGAGAGGAAGGCACGGAGGAGGAUGCCAGCCGUUUUUAAAAAUGAAAUAAAUAAGUGACUGACGCGUCAGCAGGAGAGGGACUUCCCCCCAGGAUUCCGGCAUACUCGUCAAGCGUCCCCUUCAUCAGACAGGGACUGAUCGAGAGAAGGGGGGCGGGGCCAAGGGGCCCACAGGAUGUCCUGACCGACCUGUGACUCCAUCCCCACCCCCCAACACACCACCCUACCCCUCUAAUUCAAACAAACUGCAGAGGUGGGCAGCAGUGGACCCUACCUAAUCUGUAGCCUUAUCUGCUUCAAAGGGUUUUUUUAUGUUGGUUGUUCUUCGUCUUGGACAUGAACACGUGUAAACUUGUUGUAUGUGGGAGUUUUGCCACCACGCCCUGGACUUUGCUGAGGACACUGGGAGGAGCUGAUGUUCUAGAACUGAACUCGGAUUCACAGGAGUAAACAUGACAACCGUGUAAAUACCAUAUCUUUUUUUUUUUUUUUUUUUUUUACUUCUGUGUAUGCUGCGAAGGAACAUAUGGGAUAAGCUGGAAAAACUCAAUCUUAAAACGUUAACAUGACAAAAAAGAUACAACUGGUUCAUGUGAUACUACCUUGUAUUUCAUAGGUGCCCUAAGUGGUGUAAAAAGCAUUGGCUCAUGGCACGUGAGGUUCUUUUUCAUAAUUUUAGAUUACUGCAGUUAAAGGUCAGGAGUCUAAUGUUACCAGGGGCCAAUUCUUUUAACAGAGAGUAAUAUGCACAGCCGAUUUUCCACUUUGCUAAAUUUGCACCAUCCACGUCCUUAGAAAUGAUACAUUAUUUAUUUGCAUAAGUUUGCUUGAGUGAUAUGUCAAAGGUUGCAAAGGUGUGAGAACUUCCGCAACACUUUAGAAACCUUUGGAAGACUUCUGAGUUUUCUAGGGUUGGCAAUUUUGGUAAUUUUCAGCUUUAUCUAUUUGUCCAGUAACAGUUCCAGUUAUGGUUGUACUUGCCAAGAAUGUAAAGCGUACUAUACCACGUUGCUAGACUGAGUUGUGACCUGGCUUUAAAGGAUGUGGUAAGGCAUUUGAAACCCAGGGAUACACUUUUUCCCAGCAAUAUAAUUGUUGCAAGUACACUCAAUUCAAGUAAUUAAUCUUCAAAAUCAAAACACUAAAUUACCUGAUUUUUCAAUAUCCAGUGAUAACCUGUAAAAUUCCAAAAUUAUCAACUGAAAUUUUACUGUUACGGUAAGUUGCAUCCCUUCAUCUUUAAUCCAUCUAAACUUUGAACAAUAAUUGUCUUCAAAGAACAUUCUGAGAAAGGAAAUGUAGAGGUAACAGAAACCGCAACAUCAGUGGCUGCUACAGUGACUGAAGCCAGCCAGUCUUCCAGUUAGCCAGGUACUGAAAACCUGUCAAAGGCCCAUGGGUCAAUGGACACAUCGCAAAUGGGGAAAUGCAAAUAUUUCAAUGAGGAUUGUGCUGUUCAUAUACAGUCAGUCUUUGAUGUGUCCACUUCAGACAAAAUGCAGCGCACUCUGACACACCUCCGGUGGCAUUUAUGUACAGGGGAAAUAAAUUGUGGGAUUGAAAAAUGGAGACAGAAACAAUAACUUUGCGAGCAUGGCAACAUUGAAUAUUCCACUUAAAACUUUUCCAAUUAUUUGCUGUAGAUCUAUGUGUUGCAGUGGUUGGGCUUCCAUUGGAUAUUAGGCUCCUAUAUACAGAAUCAAAACAGGAUUUUGGUAAAUACAAAUAUUUAAUCAAAAUUAUAUGCUCAUCCUCAGUAGUUUUUUCCAGGAAUCCCCAGUGGAAAUGUCACUAUUAUGUACAUUUCACCACUCAUGAUGAAAACAGUCCAGGGAGUAACACAAAUAUUAGCUGUUUUUGCUGUAUGAUUAUAUAGUGAAAAAAAUCACAUGGCACUUGGCAACAGUGAACAUGAUCCUCAUUGUUGUUCAUAAAUUUAUCUUCAAAGCAGUAAAACUGGUCUUAAAUGUUACUUAGCACACAGAUGUAGACAUAGCUGUUGUCAUCAUUACCUGUAUCACAACAACAAAAUUGUGAGCAAAAACAAAUCCUGAAUAAGAUAGUUUUACGGGCUGAGAUCAAGUCAUCUCAGCAUCUAUUUCACCAUUAAUGUCUUCAUUUUUUAAGUAAAUCUGUUGAAAGCUCCACCUUUUGUUAUAUAGAAUAGUCACAUGAUCAGUCACAUGAUCAGCAGCAGUGCUGGCUUUGUGAAAACAUCUGUGAACCGUUCUAAUUUCUGGAGUUGAAAGGGGACAUGUCACUACAGACUUGGCGACCAGUUUUAAAGCCUAUGAUGUCAUAAUAGCACAAGGACAGCCGUUAGCUGUGGAGGUGCACGUUGAGACGGAAGAGCUUUAGGGCAGGGCUGCUUGUCUGACUUGUACAAGCUGAACGUGAUGUCCUCUCAAAACUACUGCUCUCAACCGCUUGCAGGAAAAGAGAUAAAAUAAUUCAUAUCAGCACACACAGUCCAUGGCUAUUCACCUCGAGAAAUCAGACCACAGGUCCUUUGAACUGAAGGAGAGAAUGGGGAGAAAUGCUUUUACUUUGGAGAAAAAAAAAAAACACAUUUUCUACGUAACAUUUGUGACUUUGUCGUUUUGUGGAUGCCUUGAGGUACAACUGUAUUGAAUCUCUGGCCUUUGGCAUUCUCCAGAUGGCAUGAAAUAAAAUGUUUAAUUCACAGUCACUUCUGUCUUUGCAGUUGUGAUAAAUCACAAUGUUGGAAGUUAGUUUUGUCUGUUCUCAAGGACCCACAACAGAAACAUUUAGUCAGUGAAUGCAACAUAUUUGUGACCAAGCCAAUUUGUCAAUAAAUGCACAUUCUGUAUAUAUAACCAGGUGGACAAUGCCACACCCAUGGUAGAAAUAUUUGGCAUUUCAGGUUUCCUGCUCUUUCCGUUAUUUUUUGAGGAGAUAUCAUUCAACAUAAAAAUCCAGUGAUGGGUAGCUAAAGGGCUUGCAAGUACAGAAACACUGCUUUUUUGCUGAUUUGAUGCAUAGCAGGCAAUUUUCAUCUUUUCAGAAAAUGAGUUCAAAACAUUCUCAUCAAAUCUGAGGCGUAUAGCUGUCAGAUGAUAAAGUCUAUCAUCACUGGCAACCACUGUGUUUAACAUGGCUCAAAUCUCAUGGUUCCAACACCCUGACUGGUCUUUGCAACUCAUUCUAAUAUACAGUAUCUGUAUCUAUGUAUUGUACAGUAGAGCUAGUGAUGAAGAGUUGUAUAAUAUGAAUAUUACACAGAAUCACAACUACAUUUACAACAUCCAUUAAGUUCUAUUUUGCCACAACGCGCUAAUUUUUAAGUGUCAAUGUAGUGGACUACCUUUACGUUUCACAUCAUGGUUAAAUAAAAUUAAACUGAAUAUGAUUCCGUUCAAUGUUUAUUUGGAUAUUUGGAUAUAUGAAAUGUGAUUUUUCUAAAUGUUUAAAAAAAUCUGCUAUGUGGUUUAAAUAUUGAAAAAUGGAUCCGCCCACAAAAACAGCCAA